CAGCAGUUCCUCUUCCUGAGUUGGACAAUUCGUCAUCAUUUACCCGCGUUUGUUGAACAGUCUACUUUGUUUGGCGGGAUCUCCAUCGACUCAGCGGCACCAUGCAGUUUGUCAGCAGACAAAAGAAGCUUCUCCCUAACUCUCAGACAGAGCUCUAUGGCCAGUGUCUGCAGUUCUAUGGGCAGCCGCCUCUUGAAAACAUCGCUCUCUCUGAAUUUGAGACAUUUGCUGUGGAAAGACUCAAAUUGUUGAAGACCGUUGAGAAUUUGGGAGUGAGCUAUGUGAAACUGUCAGAGCAGUACAAAAAGAAACUGGACCAAGAGUUUAAAAACCUGAACUUUCCUUACAGAGCAGAUGCUGACGACAGAAAAUCUCAGAGUGGACCAAGUGAAAUUGAGAAGCGAAGAAAGGACCACAUCUCCCACUUCAUUCUCAGACUCGCCUACUGUCAAACGGAAGAUCUGAGGCGCUGGUUUAUUCAACAGGAAGUUGAUCUUUUCCGUUACCGCUUCAGUUCCCUGUCUUCGAAACAGAAGCUUGAAUUUCUUCACAAGAAUAAUCUGCAAUAUGACGCAAUUAGCGUCGAGGAGAAGAAGGCUCUGCAGGAUAAACUUGUCAACUCCAGUUACGCCGUCAGUGGAAUCACUGUGGAGGAUCAGGACUUCUACAAAGUUCCGUUUCAAGAUGCCUUGGAUCUAGUGAGGACAAGGAAAGUGUACCUCAAAGCAGGCUACGUGUACAUCCCUCACCAGGACAUUGUCACCAUUGUUCUCAAUGAUUUCCGCACCAGGCUAUCUAAAGCUCUUGCACUGACAGCCCGCUCGCUACCAGCAGUGCAUUCUGAUGAACGGCUCCAACCGCUACUUAACCACCUCAGCCAUGCGUAUGUGGGACAGGAUUACAGCAUCCAGAAGAAUGUUGGAAAAAUCUCCUUGGAGCAAAUUGACUCACUUUCAGGGAAGUCAUUCCCACUGUGUAUGAGACAGCUCCACCAGGCCCUCAGAGAGAACCACCAUCUCCGCCAUGGUGGUCGGAUGCAGUACGGCCUCUUCCUCAAAGGGAUCGGCCUUUCUUUGGAGCAGGCUCUGCAGUUCUGGAGGUCUGAGUUCAUAAGAGGCAAAGUGGAUGCUGAUAAGUUUGACAAAGCAUAUGCCUACAGCAUCCGCCACAUGUUUGGCAAAGAAGGCAAGCGAACAGACUACACCCCCUACAGUUGCAUGAAGGUGAUUUUAUCAAAUCCACCCAGCCAAGGCGACCAUCAUGGAUGCCCAUUCCGUCACAGUGAUCCAGAGCUGCUAAAGCAGAAGCUGCAGUUCUACAAGGUGUCUCCCAGUGGAAUCAGUCAGAUCCUGGAGCUGGUUAAAGGAAUGCACUACCAGCUGGCGUGCCAGAAAUACUUUGAGCUGACACACAAUAUUGAGGACAUCACUUUCUCGCUCAAUCACCCCAACCAGUACUUUGUAGAGAGCCAGAAAGUUUUGGGCGGGGGCAAGGACAUAAAGAGAGAGAUGGACACUACACAGAGGUUGCAAGAAAAGUCGGGCAGAGGAUCAACUGCAGCUCGAGAGGCGGCAGCAGCAGCAAACGUCUCCCAGCAUCUGGCUGAGAUGACAGAAGAACUGGACUCUUUCUUUCAAGAUGCAUGAUUUGCAUUCUUUUCAAAGUACAUGUAGAAAUAAAUAUUUGUAUGAUGGCUUCAAUCCUCUGAAGUCGCUGUAUCUGUAUUAGUUGCGUAUCAAAAAUCUUUCACUGAUUUACAUCCAACAGCUUUGAGUUAACCUUUUCAAAGCUCAACAUGAAAGUUGAGUUUUCUACUUUGUAACUUCUCCUGCAUUUUCUACCGAUUAACCGUUGCGUUGAAAGUAGUCACUUGGUUUGCUGUCUUUGUUUUCACUCUGGUCUGAACUCGGAUGGCUUAUACCCAGUCACAGAGCACAGUGUUUUGGCAGAGACAUGGUUUUCUGGGGUGAUGACUAGAACAUUUCCCAGCUGUCUCAGAAACAAUGUCAUUGUAUUUGCUGGCAGCAUUAUGGAUGAAUGGUGGCAGAAGGAUGGAUGGAAAUAAACAAUUUUCACAGUUGUA